GAUUUAGCUGCCAUCUUCCUUAUUAGAUAACUAUGAACCAGUCAUCAUGGUUCUAUUGAAAAUUGGCACCAAGAAAAGACAUGCCGGAAAAAGGAAAGCAACAUCAUUAACACCUUUCGCUAGCUUCUUAUAUUGCUAAUGGAUCCCUGUAACAUUUCCACAAGAAACUUAAAGAAGAUUUGGUUAAUAACGAAGAUAGUCUCCUGUUCUUCAUACAAAAACAUACACCAGAGUGGAGGAGCUUGGAAUCCCAAAUUCUCUACUAUUUCAACUCCUCUUCUCAACCAAUCCAUUAAUGUCUGUAUCCAAAGAGGUAACUUGAAGGAUGCCCGGGAAUUCUUUGAUCAAUAUCCAUUAUCCCGUAAUGUCGUCUCAUGGAAUUCAAUGAUCUCUGGAUAUUUUAAACAUGGCCAAAUAAAACCUGCACAACAACUGUUCGAUGAAAUGCCUAUGAGAGACAUCGUCUCCUAUAAUGCCAUCUUAUCAGGCAUGCACAUGUCAAAAGACCCACAUCAAGUCUACCUUUAUUUCUUAAACAUGGCAAGAGCUGGUCAUAAGCCGAAUGAGUUCACAUUUUCUAUCGUGAUUACUUCUCUUUUGCGCACUUCAUUCAAUCCAUUGCUCCUCACCCAGCUUCACGGUCUUGCACUUCGUUGUUCACUAAACUCCAGCGUUUUUGUGGGUUCAGCUUUGAUUAGAGCCUAUUGUGAUAUUGACAAUCUCAAAUGCUUACGGAAAGUAUUUGAUGAUAUUGCAGAAAAAGAUGUCUCAUCUUGGAACGCUAUUUUGUUGAGCUAUAUGGAUAUGGGAUUAACUAGUGAAGCCGAGAGAGCAUUCGAUGUGAUGCCUGAAACUAAUAUUAUUUCAUGGACAACCUUAAUCAAUGGGUAUAUAAACAACAAGAAUCUCAAUAGAGCUCGAUAUAUUUUCCAAAAAGCUAGCGAGAAAAACGUUGUUAUGUGGACAUCAAUGAUAAAUGGAUACACUCAGAAUUCCAUGUUUGUAGAAGCUCUAGAGCUGUUCGUAUCAAUGUUGAAUUUACAAACUCGUCCAAACUGUUUCACCUUUUCAACUGUACUGAACGCUUGUUCCGGCUCUUCUGCAUUCCUCACGGGCAAGCAAGUUCAUUCCCUCGUUUUGAAAUAUGGUUUUGAUUCCGACGUGGUUUCCUCAACCGCACUUCUCAAUAUGUAUGGAAAUUGUGGGGACAUUGAAGCUGCAACCACCGUUUUCGAGUGCAUCACACAGAAGAACUUGACAACAUGGAAUUCAAUUAUUGGGUGCUACUCAAGGCAUGGUGAAGGAGUGAUGGCUUUGGAAACAUUUUACAGGUUGACGAGGACUACUCGUUUCAAGCCUGAUCGAAUAACAUUUGUAAACGUGUUAUCGGCAUGUGGACGUGCAGGGCUAGUUGAGGAAGGAGAAUGGUUGUUUGAUUGCAUGAGAAAUCAUUAUUAUGGUGUUGAAGUAGAAAUGGAGCAUUAUGCUUGCAUGGUGGAUUUAUAUGGGAGAGCUGGUUUUCUAAAUAAGGCAGUGAAAUUGAUGGAAGGAAUGACAAUGGAGCCCGAUGUGGUGGUGUGGGGUGCGUUACUUGCAGGGUGUUGUUGGCAUUCUUGUUCGGAGCUUGGCGAGUUUGCAGCUCGAGGUCUUUACAAACUCAAGGAAGACCACCCAGCUAUUUAUUCAUCUUUGUCAAAAAUACAUGGUGAUAAUUGUGAAUGGAUCACGGUUGCAGAUAUAAAGAGUUUGGUCAAAAGAAAGCAGAUAGAAAAGCAAAAGGCUGGUAGUUGGAUUGAUUCUUGAAAUACAACCUUAGAAAUCUUAUUUGAAUUUUUUAGUGAAAUUUUAAUGAAGAUGCACACUUAUUUGGAAACAUUUUUGUAUCUAGAUGAGAAAGAUUCAAUAAAAUUGUGGAUAGCUUGGAAAUCUCUAUGGGUCAAAUGUUUCUAGUUCUCACUGCUUUCACUGGGAGGAGGAAAUCUAUCAUUGGCACUUUUAUUUUGGAUAUACAUGGAUUUGAGUUGAAAUGAGUUGGGAUAAACCAUGUUUUUAAAUGGGAUAUCUUCUGAAUCCUUACUUGGAUGCCAAAUUCGGUUGAAAGAGUAUUUUUAGAUGAAGACAUUAUCGACUACAACAUCGGGGUUGAGUUGCGUCCUUGCGGUUGAAUAUUUUGAAUCAUCUAUAGUGAAAGGUAUGCAUUCGAAAUUAUAUAAAAAUCUUCAUUGAUGUUUUAAGAAAUCAGGAAGAUAGUACAACCAAUUGCCUUUCCAAACAAUUAUGAUAAUUUUCCUCUAUCAAAGGGUCUAAUAACAAUU